AUGAGAUACUACUUUAUAGGGAUACCACUAACUUGUUCUGAACUCAAUUUCCAUGACCGUAUGCAAAUCAGAAGAUCUUUAUUUCUUAGAAUCAAAGAUGAUAUGUGUCAAAUUGAUGAAGAGUGGCCUCAAGGUAUAGAUUCACUAGGAAUCCCCGGUCACUCACCACAUAUGAAAACCUUAGCUUGUAUUACACUACUCGCUACGGGGGUUGCGGGGGACACCAUCGAUGAUAAUGCGAGAAUGGGUAAAACAACCUUAUACAAAUACUUGAAGAGGUUUGUUAGAAACCUAGUUGCACUUUAUAAGAAUACUUACUUACGAAGGACUACACAAGACGAUAUUGAUCGGUUAUUGGCGGAGAAUGAAGCAAGGGGUUUCCCAGGAAUGCUUAGGAGUGUAGAUUGCAUGCAUUGGCCUUGGAAGAAUUGUCUUUCGAGUUGGGCGAAACAUUACGCAUCUUACAAAACUAUACUGACAAUUGUGUCAGAGGGGAUUGCUCCAUAUGAUUUAUGGUUUCGGCAUGCUUAUUUUGGGCCGCCCGGUACAAACAAUGAUCUUAAUGUGCUAAAUUCGUCUCCGUUAUUCGAUGAUAUAUUCAAUGUAAGUGCCAUAAAUUUUCAAUUUCGAGUAGAUGGUACAAGAUAUAACAUGGGUUAUUAUUUGGCGGAUGUAAUAUACCCAAAAUUAUCAACUAUUGUUGAAUCUUAUAAACGUACAAACACCAAGAAAGAAAAAUAUUUUACUAAGAUGCAAGAAGCGGCUCGAAAAGAUGUUGAACGGGCAUUUGGAAUUUUACAAGCAAAGUGGAAUAUAGUAAGAGGUCCAGUGGAAUAUUGGGAUGAAGAGGACUUAUAA